AUUCCACCUGUAUUGUUUGAGUUUCUUCUCAAACUUUCCAGACAUUUCACCCUUCUCUCUACAAAUUCUUUCUCAGAGUCAUGUCUCUUCUUUGUGAAAUCUCAAUCUUUGUGAUUUUUUGGAAAAUAUGGCUUCCCUCUUUGUAUCUACUCCCUCUUCAUCUUCCUUAACUCUCAAACACUGUCACAAUUCGCGUCUUCGUCGCUGUAACAGACCAUUACCUCCGAAACUUGUGAAUCAGACGUACCGAACGAGACACAGGAGUCUUUUGAGAUGUUCAGCGGAAAAUGAUCAAGUUCGUGAAUCUAGUAACGAAGCUCCGUCUCCGGUGGCGAUAGCGGAGGAGCAAAAUGAGAAUCACCCGAGCGAAACUGCGCCGUCUCCACCAGAUAUCAAUGAAGAGGAGGAGGAGAAGAAAUCGAAGCAGCAAGAGAUUGAUUGGAAGACGGACGAAGAGUUCAAGAAGUUUAUGGGGAAUCCAUCAAUCGAAGCUGCGAUAAAGCUUGAGAAGACGAGAACUGAUCGUAAGCUGAGAGAGCUGAACAAGGAAAGCAACAGUGAGAAUCCGAUCAUCAGAAUUUUCAACAGCUUGGCUCGUGACACUUUGACUAGAGAGAAAGAAAGGCUUGAGAAAGCUGAAGAGACUUUCAAGGCUCUUGAUCUAAACAAGUUGAAGAGCUGUUUUGGGUUUGAUACGUUUUUUGCUACGGACGUUCGUCGGUUUGGAGAUGGAGGAAUCUUCAUUGGAAAUCUGAGAAAACCCAUUGAUGAAGUCACCCCUAAGCUUGAAGCAAAGCUAUCGGAAGCAGCCGAGCGUGAUGUGGUUGUGUGGUUUAUGGAAGAAAGAUCCAAUGAGAUCACAAAACAGGUGUGUAUGGUGCAACCAAAGGCGGAAAUCGAUCUACAAUUUGAAUCAACUAGAUUAAGCACUCCUUGGGGAUAUAUUAGUGCAAUUGCUUUAUGUGUUACAACCUUUGGAACCAUAGCGCUUAUGAGUGGCUUUUUCCUUAAACCCGAUGCCACUUUUGAUGACUACAUUGCUAAUGUAGUUCCUCUUUUUGGCGGGUUUCUCUCCAUCUUAGGCGUCUCAGAGAUAGCAACCAGAGUAACUGCUGCGCGACACGGUGUUAAAUUAAGCCCCUCGUUUCUGGUGCCAUCGAAUUGGACUGGUUGCUUAGGAGUUAUGAACAACUACGAGUCAUUGCUUCCUAACAAAAAGGCGUUAUUUGACAUCCCAGUAGCGCGUACAGCUAGUGCAUACCUGACUUCGCUGCUUCUUGCAGCUGCCGCGUUUAUAUCUGAUGGUAGUUUCAGUGGAGGAGAUAAUGCUUUGUAUAUAAGGCCACAAUUCUUUGAUAACAACCCAUUGCUUUCGUUUGUCCAAUUUGUUAUUGGUCCCUAUGCGGAUGAUCUUGGUAAUGUGUUGCCUAACGCUGUUGAAGGAGUUGGCGUUCCUGUUGACCCACUUGCCUUUGCUGGUCUUUUGGGUAUGGUAGUGACAUCGUUGAACUUAUUACCAUGUGGAAGACUCGAAGGAGGUCGAAUCGCUCAAGCCAUGUUUGGAAGAAGCACAGCUGCCAUUCUCUCAUUUACAACAUCACUCCUUCUCGGUAUCGGAGGCCUCAGCGGAAGUGUCUUAUGUUUAGCUUGGGGGCUAUUUGCAACCUUCUUUCGAGGUGGUGAAGAAACACCUGCUAAAGACGAAAUCACUCCUCUAGGUGACGAUAGGUUUGCUUGGGGUAUAGUCCUUGGACUCAUAUGCUUCCUCACUCUCUUCCCCAAUAGUGGAGGUACUUUCUCCACUUCAUUCUUCAAUGGACCAUUCUUCCGUGGUGAUGAUUUCUAAAGAUGUAGAUUAAUUAAGUUGCAGAAACAAGCAGUGAAAAGACUUCUUAUUUAUUAGUAAUGGGUGUUACAGAAACAUUGUAAAUAUUUUGUGGAAUUUCGUUGUAUC